AUGGUGAUUGCUACUCAACUACAGAUUGUUCAAUCUCCGAUUACUACCUUAAUUCCCACUGUCUCUACUUCUGUGACAGUUAAGCUUGAUGAUGCAAAUUAUCUCACUUGGAAUUUUCAGAUGCAGCUUCUUCUUGAAGGUCAUGGCUUAUUGGGGUUUGUUGAUGGUUCACGGCUGUGUCCUCCUCGUUUUGAUGAAGAUUCUGCUGUUGAAGGUGUGGAAACUGAUGCUUAUGUAGUGUGGAAGAUGCAUGAUCGUGCCUUGAUGCAAUUGCUAAUUGCCACCCUUUCUUCUGCUGCAAUCUCAUAUGUCAUUGGGUGUACUAGUUCUCAUGAUAUGUGGGUUCAGUUGAAGGACAAAUUUUCUAUGGUUACCAAAGCUAGGAUUUUUCAGAUGAAAAGUGAGCUUCAGAAUAUCAAGAACGGUGCUGACCCAGUCUUUCAAUACUUGCACAAGAUAAAGGAUGCUAGAGAUCAUCUUGCUGCUGCUGGGGUUUCUUUUGAUGAUGAUGAUAUUGUCAUCUUGGCUCUUAAUGGUCUUCCCCCAGAAUAUAAUACAUUUCGGUGUAUGGUUCGAGGCAAGGAAAAUGUGCUCUCUCUUAAAGAUUUUAGAUCUCAGUUGCUUGCUGAAGAGGCCAUUCUUGAACAUACUUGCUCUGCCACUCCUUUUGCCUCUGCAAUGAUGGCGAACAAUCAAUCAUUCCAAGGAACAUCUCUUGUUCUUGCUGACACUUCCCCGUCUGUCCCAUCUUCUAUUUCAUCUAGCCACAAUGGUGGUGUUCAUGGUGGUCUCAAUGGAGGUGUCCACUCUAGCUCUAAUGGUGGCUCUUUUUCACAUAAUGGUGGUUUCCAAUCUGGCCCUAAUAGAGGUUCCUUUUAUCGAGGAAGAGGCAGACCUCGGCAUCAGUUUUCUUCUAGUCCAAGACCGUAUCAAGCUCCACCUAAUUCUGGCCCUGGCAUCCUUGGUUCGGGUACUGAUAUUCCAACUUGUCAAAUAUGCAACAAGAAAGGUCAUCUUGCUGCUGAUUGUUAUCAACGACAUCAGCAAUUCACAAGUCCUAGUUCCUCUGUUCAAUGCCAAAUUUGCUGGAAGUAUGGCCACACAGCUAUUCAGUGUUACCACAGAGGCAAUUUUUCCUAUCAAGGCAAACCUCCUUCAUCCAAUCUUACUGCAAUGCAUGCCAACUGUUCUCCUUCCUCAUCAGCUGAGCAAUUUUGGGUAGCUGAUACUGGAGCAACAGCCCAUAUGACGUCUGAUUUGUCUCAACUCAGUCUUGCUACCCCUUUCUUAGGAAAUGAGACUAUCACCACUGCGGGGGGUUCAGGACAAACUCAUGGGGAGUGUUCUUCUCAAGGGGCUGUGUAGAGCUGGCCUAUAUUCAAUUCCUUUCUUUCCUUCACAACCUCAUCCUACUCCAGCUGCUUCUCUCCUCAAACAACAUUUCUGCUUUCUUGGACAUCCAGUAAACACUAGUCUGUGGCACAAGCGAUUUGGUCAUCCCUCCAAUAUCAUUACUACUGCUCUUUUAGAUCAAACACAGGUUCCUUUUUCUUCAGACAAAGUUCAAUCUGUCUGUCAUCAUUGUUUAGAAGGCAAACUAGCUAAACUUCCUUUUCAUUAUCCAGCAGUAAAAUCUGUUAAACCUUUAGAGGUGAUUCAUAGUGAUGUGUGGGGUCCUUCUCCAACAAUAUCUGUUGAGGGGUUCAAAUAAUAUGUUAGCUUUGUAGAUGAGUGUACUCGAUUUACUUGGCUCUUUCCGAUGAUCAAUAAAGCAGAAGUUUACUCUAUUUUUGUUCAUUUUCAUGCUUACUUAGUCACUCAGUUCUCUGCUUCUCUUAAAGUUUU